AAAGACCGCCCCCUGCCUCUCUCUCUUCUCUUCCUCUCUCUUAAACUUUUCUCGAACUAGUCGUUUUCAUCUCACAACCGGCGAGUUCUCGCCGGAAAAGCGCCAGAAAACGACUGCGAUUAGCCGGCGGCGAGUGACCCAGUGUCUAGAACCAGGAGGGCUGUCGUUUCGAUGGCUCGGGUUAUUGAUUGUUGAAGGAACCGAUGCGGAGGAUAGGUGGGCGGUGAGUGAUGGGGAAGGUGGGGUUGGGGUUGGCGGUGGGGUGCGCGGUGGCGACGUGCACGAUCGCGGCGGUGUUGGUGUCGAGGAGAGUGAGGAGUAGGCGGAGGUGGAGGAGCGUAGUUGGGGUGUUGAAGGAGUUGGAAGAGGCGUGUGCGACGCCAGUGGGGCGGCUGAGACAGGUGGUCGAUGCUAUGGCUGUGGAAAUGCACGCGGGCUUGGCCUCCGAAGGUGGUAGUAAGCUCAAGAUGCUCCUCACAUUCGUCGACAAUCUCCCCAAUGGGAGUGAGAAGGGAAUUUAUUACGCGCUAGAUCUCGGAGGCACUUAUUUUAGGGUCUUGCGGGUUCAUCUAGGUGGUGAAAGAAAUAUUCUUGGACAUGAUGUGGAUCGGCAACCCAUUCCUCAACAGCUAAUGACCAGCACAAGCAAGGAUCUCUUUGAUUUUAUUGCGUCAUCACUAAAGAAAUUUCUUGAAAGAGAAGGAAAAGAUUCUGUGCUCUCUUCAGUCAAAAGAAGGGAACUUGGCUUUACAUUCUCGUUUCCUGUGAAACAAACAUCUGUCUCAUCAGGCAUCCUAAUUAAAUGGACAAAAGGAUUUGCCAUCGAAGACAUGGUAGGAAGAGAUGUUUCUGAAUGUUUACAAGAAGCAUUGUCUAGAGCAGGCCUAGACAUGCGAGUUGCAGCACUGAUAAAUGAUACUGUGGGAACAUUAGCCCUUGGACAUUAUCAUGACGAGGACACAGUUGCUGCAGUGAUAAUUGGGACGGGGACGAAUGCCUGCUAUUUGGAACGUACAGAUGCGAUUAUCAAGUGUCAAGGCCUUCUUACGACUUCAGGAUGCAUGGUAGUCAACAUGGAAUGGGGGAAUUUCUGGUCAUCUCAUUUACCAAGAACGUCUUAUGAUAUUGAGUUGGAUGCUGAUAGCCCUAACCCAAAUGAUCAGGGUUUUGAGAAAAUGAUAUCUGGAAUGUAUCUGGGUGACAUUGCAAGGAGAGUGAUUCUCAGAAUGUCACAGGAGUCAGAUGUUUUUGGACCUGUUUCUUCAAAGUUAUCGCAGCCCUUUAGUUUGAGGACGCCAUUGAUAGCUGCUAUGCAUGAGGACGAUUCCCCCGACUUGAGUGAAGUAGCCAGAAUAUUAGAAGACGAGCUAGGGAUUUCUGAUGUGCCUUUAAAGGUUCGAAAGCUUGUGGUAAAGGUAUGUGAUGUGGUGACCCGCAGGGCUGCCCGAUUGGCAGCUGCUGGCAUAGUGGGGAUCUUGAAGAAGAUUGGUCGCGAUGGGAGUGGUGGCAUUACAAGCGGAAGAAUCAAAGGUGGAAGCCAAAGUAAGAUGAGAAGAACGGUUGUGGCAAUCGAGGGGGGUUUGUAUACAAGCUAUUCUAUGUUCAGAGAGUACUUAAACGAGGCCGUGACCGAAAUCUUAGGAGAAGAAAUCUCCCAACAUGUAUUUCUCAAGGUGACAGAAGAUGGAUCAGGCAUUGGAGCAGCUCUUGUUGCUGCCUCUCAUUCAACCGAGUCAGCCCCCAAUGUGGAUAGCGUACAGUUGCUAUAAAUAUAUAUAUGUUCAUAUAUAUUCAUAUAGCCCCUGUAAAUUGUAGAAUUCAUUUUCCAUAAUUCUAUUGAAUGCUUGUAAAAGGGAAGGUUGUGUAUAUGUGUCAUAUAUUAGAAUGUUGCUCUUAUAGUUUACAAGUUUCUCAAUCCAAUUUUAGAGGUUUUCUAAUUUCAUUUGUGGGAUUGUUGGUAUUCAAUUUUCUGGCUCGAGUUGUAAUUGUGUUUCAUUGAA